AUGCAACUCGCCGAUGCAGGAUACGACGUGUGGUUGGGAAACAGUCGUGGUAACACUUAUAGUAGAAAACACGUGUCACUAAACUACAAGCAAAGAUCUUAUUGGAAUUUCAGUUUACACGAAAUCGGAACGUACGACUUGCCGGCUGCGUUCGACUACAUCCUGAUGAAGACAAACGCCUCGCAACUCCAUUACAUAGGUUAUUCCAUGGGCACUACCGUAUUUUUCAUCAUGGCUUCGACAAGACCCGAAUAUCAGUCGAAAAUCCGAUCGCAAAUCAGUCUCGCGCCGGUAGCGUAUUUCAAUCACAUAAGGUCGCCGAUAAAAUACAUUGCUCCAUAUGCGAAACUGAUCAACUGGUACGUUAGUUUUUAA